CGACUCCGGAGUACAUCGCCCGAGGGGGAGCUACCACAACUUCGAGCAAGGACUAAAAGUGAGUACGAUCAAUCCUACAUUUGAGGAUUUCUAAGUUCAAUCCAUUCCUUGACUUUAAGGACACUACAACAAAUAAGGUUUGUUCCAGCGGUUUUUUAGCCAGCAGUUAAGCUAACUGCUGCUAAAACUAUAUUAUACCAGCAUUUUUUAUUUUUUCUGUAACAUUUAGUAAACUGCUGGUAUAGUUGUUACUAAUUUUAAAUUAUAUAAAUAAUAUUGGACCGAAUUUUAUUAGCUUAUUUAUCAAUUGGGCCAACACUUGGGCCAACACUGAGUUUGAAAAGCAAUGGACCAUCCCUGUAGUGAGCUUCGGGACGAGCUCUUUGGAGCCCUUAUGCUCCGAUCUCCGCGCCCCGCGACCGUAGGAGGAAGCGGAGGAGGCUGCCCAUGGCGAGCUCUGACGAUCGAUCGGCGCUCGCCCAAUCCCUCACCUCGGGCUACUCAGAGUGGAUCGCCGAGGCCCUCGACGAGCUCCCGGAGUGCUUCCUGAUCACCGAUCCCGCGAUCCCCGGCCACCCCAUCGUCUUCGCGAGCCGAGGGUUCCUCGCCAUGGAGCGGUACGCCAUGGACGAGGUCUUCGGCCGCAACGGUCGCAUCUUCCAGGUCUCCGCCAUGGAGCGACGAUCCGUGAUGGAGAUCCGCGAGGCGGUGCGGGAGGAGUGGACGGUCCAGAUCAGCCUCCUCAACUACUGCAGGGACGGGGCCCUGCAUUGGAUCCUGUUCCACAUGUGCCCUGUGUUCGAGGCGGCGGGGAGCGGGCGCGUGGUCCACUUUUUGGCGGCCCAGGUGCCGGUCCCUCCGCGGUCUAGGGCGAGGUCGAGGUCGAGGUGGUGUGGGGGAGCGACGGGGAUGAUGUUGAGAGCGUGUCGGAAUGAGCUGCAAAUGGAUGAGGAUCUCGGGUGUAGUCGUGCAGAGGAGUCGUUUGUCGAUGAGGGUCUGGGGUGUAGUCAUGCAGAGGAGUCGUUUGUCGAAAUGCGUAGCGGAGGGGUGGAGGCUGAAGAGCCACCGGUAGCCACUAAUUGUGAGAAAGAGAAAGCGGUGAAUGCCGCGAAUAGCAUCGUAUCCACAUUGAAUCGUUAUAGCAAGAUUACCGGUCGGGUGGUCUGCGGGAAGAGAUGCUGUCCUGUUGGCGUUCCAUUGCUCAACUUCAUUGCUUGCCCUCGAUGAUUCCAUUUUGGAUGCCGAUCAGGUAGAAAAUCUUAUUAAAUUUUGUCCAACAAAGGAGGAAAUGGAUCUACUCAAGCUUGACAGGUUUCUGUUGAAGUUUCAGGGGUAUGAUGGUGUCAUGGUGAUAAAGAAAACUUGGGGAAAUGUGAGCAGAGUUGAUGAAAGUACCAAGGGUGGAGUCCAAAUUGAGAGUCUUAUCCUUUAUGAUUCAAUUCCGAUCUCAGGUUGGUGAACUCAAAAAUAGCUUGAAUGCCAUUAACUCUGCAUCAGAAGAGGUCAGAAGCUCUGUGAAGUUGAAAAGAAUUAUGCAGACCAUUCUCUCUCUAGGAAAUGCCAGGGGUGAGUAAGAAUGCCAUGUACCAUGGUUUACAAAAACAAUGCAAAGAAAGCAUUUAAUUAAUUACAAAGAAGUUGGUAAUUCUGCUGGUAAAGAUAUCCUAGUUUCGUUGUGUUGCUUUCCGAAGACAUGCAAGUUGGCUUUUUCAAUUCAAUAAACGCAUAGUCUUUCUAUAACUAUAGUACUUUUCUACAGCAUACAUCUAUUAACAUAAACGUGUGACACAUUGAUGGUAUUUUUGCUUCCAAGUUCCAAACACAAGACAAUUGAUAUAUGGCAAAUUUCAAUUAGGAGAACUACAUUGGAGCACAGGAGCUUUUGGAUUUGCUUGGGUGAACGCGUUCAUAUUUCUAAUAAUCAGUUAGGUGUCUGGUAUUGACAUUCCUAGGUUGUCGAAGAAAUGUACGUUGUAGGUUUUUGCUUAUGUGUAAAACAUUUAGUAUGAUAUUUAAUAUUUAUAUACAAGAAGCAAAGAUUUUGAUUACUUUUUAA